AUGCCCCCGCGUGGUACUAUGGGCUGGUCUGAGCGAGAAGAGGAGAAUCUUCUUCCCUGGUUGUACGAGAACCGCGCAUUGCCGUGGAAAGCCCUUCCGGACGCAUAUAGUGAACAGUUCGGUGUGAAACGAAGCGUUGAAUCUAUACGAGGGAAAAUGUACCAUAUUCUGCGGAAGCAAGGUCGCUUUGGUGCUCGAUCUCCUAAAAAUCAAGAUCACCGUAAACGACCAGGGCCAAGCCGCCGCUCGGUCAAAAUGAGGGCCUCACUUUCAGACGCUCCAGUCAAAACUGCAGCCCACAGCAACAUCGACCUGUGGUUCCAGACAAUCCUCACGGCUAAACCUAGCCCUACUGAUAGCAGCGAAUCAACGCUGACAAGAAGUUCAAUUUCAGAUCGCUUGACGCCAGCGCUUAACAAUUCAUUUCCCGAAAAAACACUAGAAUCAUCUUGGAUCUGGGAAUAUGUACAUAGUGUCUGCACCACUGGGAAGCUGGAGCUGUAA